CGUUUCUAAAGCUUUUUUUUUUUUUAACUCCUUUUGAAGUGGGAAUGAUACUCGCGUGACGACCAAACUCCCCAUUGAUCCUUUCUCUCUUUCUCUCUCUCUCUCUGUGAUCAGUUUCAUCUACUGAAAGAAAGAAAGAUCCGUAUUAUCAGGCUUUGAAGCUAUCUUCUUAAAUUGUUAAGUAAACAUGUUCAAGAGAAGGAAUGCUCACCAACUCGAGGAUGAUUCUCACAAAGACAACAAGGUUAGCGAAUUGAAAGCCGCUAUAGGACCACUCUCGGGACAUAGUUUAGUUUUCUGCUCUGAUGCUUCAUUGAGGAGAUAUUUGGAUGCUCGUAACUGGAAUGUGGAAAAAGCCAAGAAAAUGAUUGAGGAAACUCUUAAAUGGAGAUCAACAUACAAACCUCAAGAGAUCCGUUGGAAUCAAGUAGCACAUGAAGGUGAGACAGGAAAAGUUUCAAGAGCUAGUUUUCAUGAUCGACAAGGUAGAGUAGUGCUUAUAAUGAGACCCGCGUUACAGAACUCAACAUCACCAGAAGGUAAUAUAAGACAUUUGGUAUAUCUUCUUGAAAAUGCAAUCCUAAAUCUUCCCAAGGGACAAGAACAAAUGUCUUGGCUCAUCGAUUUCACUGGUUGGUCUAUGGCUGCUAAUGUCCCUAUGAAAACAACACGCGAAAUCGUCUACAUUCUACAGAAUCAUUACCCUGAGAGACUCGGUAUCGCUUUUCUCUACAAUCCACCAAGACUCUUCCAAGCAGUCUACAGGGCUGUUAAGUACUUCUUGGACCCAAGAACAGCUCAAAAGGUGAAAUUUGUGUACCCAAAAGACAAAGCAAGUGAUGAACUGAUGACAUCACACUUCGAUGUAGAGAACCUCCCCAAAGAAUUUGGAGGAAAAGCAACACUAGAGUAUGAUCAUGAAGUUUUCUCACGACAAAUGUGUGAAGACGAUGUCAAAACAGAAAAAUACUGGGGAUUGGAGGAGAAGCACUAUCCCAAACCAAACGGUUUCUCUCCAUCCGAUGUUGUUCCUGAGCCGGCGACUUCUAUAGCAUCAGCAGCUAGCUGAGACCUUAAGAGUUGAAUAUAUAUACAUUAUAUAUAUAUCGAGAAAGAAGAAAAAUAAAGGUGUAUUCUCUCAUUGAUAGAAGAAGAGCCAAUUAUAGAAUGUGCUGGUUAUCUUGAAGAUUAAUAAAGUUCCAUUAGUGAGCCAAAGACUUUUUAAUAAAUGUUUUUAAAUUAGCAGAGACUAUUCUUGCCAUUAAAGCUUAUGUACGUGUGAGAAUAUUGUUACCAUGUGUAAUUUCCUAGUUUUGUGUUCAUUAAUUGAAGAUAUAUGAGAUUAA